AUGAACAAUUUAAAUAAUGAUAAUCUCAAUAUACUUGAUUUACCUGAUGAAAUUUUAUUCAUCAUUUUUAAGAAACCUAAUACAAUUGAUGUAUUCCAUUUACUAGUUGGUGUUAAUCAACAAUUUGAUCGAUUAGCACUUGAUCCUCUUAAUGUUCGUGAUCUGGAUAUGACUGAUAUUAUGAUCAUUAAUUCGCUCUAUGAUAAAACUCCUUCAAUAGAUACUGAAACUCUUUCAAAAAUUUGUUCGAAAAUCUUACCUCGUAUUCAUCGUCAAGUACAUAAACUGACUGUUGAACAAUAUUCAAUGAAAGAUAUUCUUCUUGCUGCCAAUUAUUCUGAACUUUAUUCCUUAUCACUAAUUAAUUUUCAAGCAAAAAUACUUUAUCAAUAUUUAAGAGGUGAUUUAAUUCUUCGUGAUCUUCUUACCAAACAAAUAACUCAUCUUAAUAUUGAUAUUAAAAGAACAACAAAACGUUUUUCCAUGACUGUGUCAAAGAUUUUUGAAUUAAUUGUAUCUUUAUGUAAAAAUUUAACUGUAUUGAAUUUUUGUAAUAUGUUUCACACACGAACAUAUGAGACUUCCGUUUUUUAUCGAUCAUCAAAUUAUAUGUCGUCAACUUUAAUCAAAUUGAAAAUCCAUGUUCUCAGUUUAGAUGAUUGUCUUUAUCUUCUUGAUGGUCGUCUCGAUUCUUUAUCAACAUUAAUUAUUAAUGUGGAACAUAUUUUUGAUCCAAAAAAGCUUCCAAAAUUGAAAUAUCUUUCAUUCACCACAUCUAAUGAUUCAUGGCAAUAUGAUAAUCUAAUUGUUCCAUUACUUUGUCGCAUGAUAAAUCUCGAAGAAUUGAAAUUAUUUCUAUUAAUAAAAAGAUUUAACUCGAUCUAUGUUGAUGGUAUUCAAUUAUAUAAUCAAUUUCUUAUUUAUAUGACACAAUUAAAGAAAUUUACAUUUUGUAUCAACACAGAAGUCUACAACGAAGUUACAGUUGAACUCCCAUCGAAUGAAGAUAUUCAACGUAGUUUCAUUGGAAGAGGAUAUCAACAAGUUACUUCAUAUGUUCAUACUAAUUCAAAGAUUAUAAGCCAAUGUUUAAUCUAUUCACUACCAUAUGAUUUCGAAUAUUUUGUUAAGAUCAACAAUUCUUUUCAAGGUGGUAUGUUUGAUAAAGUUCGACAAUUGAAGAUGUCUGAUGGAAUUCCUUUUGAACAUAAAUUCUUUCAAUUGAUCUCUAAGGAUUUUCCUUUUCUUCAAUUCUUAAAUAUAUAUAAUUAUCAUCCACAAAAGUACAAGACACAUUCAUCAACAUUAAUCACAUUUCCUUAUCUCACAUUUCUUGAUCUACGACGUGCACAUGUUCACUAUGUUAAACUAUUUCUUUUGAAAAACAAUGCUUAUCUACCUCGUUUGUCAAAUCUCGGAAUCAGAUACAAAUCACUCACAACGAUAACAAAGAACUUCACCAAAGAUGCAUUGGAUUUCAAUUUCGGUACAUUGAAAAGUCUUGAUGUAUGUCGAUCAUUUAUUCGUCCAAAAAAUUUCCAUCAAUAUUUUCCUUUGUUAUUAGUUAUCAAUAAAAGAAAAUAUUUUUUUUAA